AUAAAAUGAAUAAAUGCACACGGAGAUUCCUUAUUUUCUGGCUAAUCUUUCCUCCAUUUAUUUUUCUUGAGCAAGAACGUUAGUUAUAGGUCAUUGAGUCUUCGUUGUGAUCAUUAACAUGUGCUGAGUUUCGAGCCUUAAAUGCAUUGCCUUAUCUGGUCUUCGUUUAUGUUUUAGACAAAAGGGAGGGGACUUUGGAUUUUGAUUUCUGAUGUUUCUUUCAUUAAUGUUGUUGCUGUUGUCUUUAUAAGUGAAGAGAAUCUGAGUUGUGGAGAUGGAGAGUGAUCAGACUGAACAUCAUCAUACGCGUCAUCGCAACCAGCAACAUCAAGUCUUGUUGCCAACACAGUCAGUUAUUUUUCAUGUAUGAGGAGAUUUGUACAUUAGCACUUAAGUCCAGAGAGAAAGGGAGGGAUGGAGGGAGUGGAAAUGGCCACUGAAACAGACCAUCUUCAUCAAACCUAUGGAGACAAUCGGUCAUGCCUAGAACUAUCACCAGAUAGAGAAGAAUCCCAGCAGGAUGCGUCAGUCUCCCAAAUCAUGGAUUGCGGUUCAAUAACUUUUGGAAGAUACACUGCAGACACACUUGCAUGGGAAAAAUAUUCUGUUUUCUCCCACAACAGAUGUCAGGAGGAGUUGGAGAAAUUCAAGGCACCAGGAUUAGUUGCUCAGAAGAAGGCAUAUUUUGAGGAAUACUAUAAAAAAAUUAGAGCUAUGAAAGGUUUGCAAACAGAGCAAGAAACUACUCAAACUGACCCCACUCAAAAUGGGCAGGAGAUUACUGCACAAGAAGAAAAUGGUGUUGGUGUUGGUGUUGAAGCGUCGAAAGAGGAAAUUAAACCUAGCAAUAGUAGUCCGGAAGAAAAUGUUGUUGAUGUUCACAGAUCAAGAGAGGAAAACAAGCACAGCAAUGGCUAUAAAAUUCAGGUGUUAGAUAGUCAUGCCACCCAUACUAUUAACCCAUCUACGAGAGGCAUUAAUGAUGGAGCAGAAGAAGAAAAUCACUUUGAUGGGAACAGUGGCAGGGCUAGCAAAGAAGAUGAAAAGGGGUUGUGCUUAUCUGCCAGAAUAACAAAACAUUCUAUGGAAGGUGGUUCCUCGUCAUGUAGUCCAUCAGUCAAAGAUAGUUCCAAAACUACCCAGAAAGAGAGCCCAGUCAGCAAUGAAGUCAAGCAUAAUGGAAGCCAACUGAAGAAGCAGGCAUCUAGUAUGAGGGCAAAGGGGACUGUCUCUUCUGCUGCAAACAGAACAAAGUUGGACCGCAGAAUUAGCAAAGACAUGGUUAAGCGAUCUCAGAAGCCAAAUCCAUCUGUUUGUAGGGAAAUUAAGAGCAAGGCAGAUGUUAGUCUUGUUUCAGGCAAAAGAAUUACCUCUAAGAUUGCAACCAACGUAAAAUCUGACCGGGUUCGAUCACAUAGACAACUUAGCGAAGUGCAAUCCAGUACAACUGUUCUUCGUGCUUCAUUAACAAAGGACAAGAUGGUGUCCCUUUCUUCUAAUAUAAGAGGCAGUCCACUUAAAACAAGUUCAACUCCCAAAAGCAUGGCAUACAGGCUCCCAGCAACAUCAUCAGUUCUCACUCGAUCUGCUCAGAGAAGUUCAAAAGAGAUCUCCACCAUUAGUCGUUUGAGAAAAAUCAGUGUAGAUAACAGGAGCUGUGAUGGAUUUGGUCAGAGGUCUUUGGGGUUGAGUGACCACCAUAGUCUUCCAAAGAGUAGAGAAUCUGAAAACCAGAGACCAAAAGUCAUGUUAAAAAAUCUUUCUGACCGGAAUGAAUCAAAUCAGAACACUGGACUUAAGUGUGGACCCAUCAGUUCUGUCGAAGGACGGAGGCAGAAAAAGGGAAUCGAUGAAAUCGUUGCUGGACUUGAACCGAAACCUGGCUUAUCUAAGGGGACUAGUAUUCAGAGGGCCUCUAAUCUAAAGCCCAUGAAUAAGAUUGCUACAUCCCAGUCUGUCGAACUGACGUGCAAUCCAAGGGAUUCAAGACAGAGGAUGCCAUCACGCAGACAGAGGAUGCCAAUUUGGCGUUGAGAGUUCAACAGGUGGAGGGAGUUGAGGUCAUGUGAUGUUCACAGCUUACUGAAUCGUAAGUCUUGGGGGAAUGUGCUGAACUGCAGAUUACAGGAUGUUCACAGCUUACUGAAUCAACAUGGCUAGGCAGAAGGCUAUUAGAUAGGAAAUCUUGAUACAGGAAGUUGAAUAACUGCAUGACGAGUAAACAGCAGAUCUGUAAAUAAGAAAUUUUCCAUUCUCAAAGGCUUAUAUAUGUAAGUUGAAUUAGUUUCACGAUAUAAAUUGUGCUUCUACACAUGAAUGAAUUCUUUUUAUGCA